AAGAAGAUUGCCAAGACCCUGAAACUGAGCUGCAGCAUGGUGCCCAAGACCAGGCCUCGCCAUGGUUGACCAAAGAAGUUGAGUGCACAUGCUCAGCGUCAUAUCCAGUUUGUCUUUGGGAAAUAGGCAUAUGAGUGCUGCCAACAUUGCUACAGAGGUCGAAGGGGUGUGGGGUCAGCCUGUCAGUGCUCAGACCAUACGCCGCACACUGCAUCAAAUUGGUCUGCAUGGCUGUCAUCCCAGAAGGAAUCCUCUUCUAAAGAUGAUGCAUAAGAAAGCCCACAAAACAGUUUGCUGAAGACAAGCAGACUAAGGACAUGGAUUACUGGAACCAUGUCCUGCGGUCUGAUGAGACCAGAUAAACUUAUUUGGUUCAGAUGGUGUUAAGCGUGUGUGG